UUCUUACUUCAUAUCUUCCUCACAAAUCAUUAAUACCGAAACAUGGCAAAAUUCACGCCAGACAUCGAGCUCGAGCUUUUGUUUCCUUCCCAUCUCAUCCCGCAGCGCGUCAAGGAUGAGCUCCCAGACGACCUCCACAUGCGCCCACUUGCAUCAACAGAUUACCACCGCGGCCAUCUCGAUAUCCUAGCCGUUUUGACCCACACACCGGACCCAGGCGCCCAAGCGUGGCUCUCCCAGUUUCAAUCCAUCUCCCACGCAGCCUAUACAUACUAUUCCAUCGUCAUCGUCUCGAAAACGACGGACAGAAUCGUGGCCGUCGGCACUGUCUUCCUCGAGCGCAAGUUUCUUCGUGGCUUGGGCCUAGUCGGUCACAUCGAGGAUAUUGCGGUGGACAAGAGCCAGCAGGGGAAGAAGUUGGGGUUGAGGGUCAUUCAGGCGCUAACGGGAAUUAGUGAAGGCAGGGGGUGUUACAAGACGAUCUUGAACUGCAAUGAGUCGAACAUCCCAUUCUACGAGAAGUGUGGUUUCGAGAGGAAGGAGGUCGAGAUGACCAAGUAUGCAAACGAACGCGCGCGCACGCCACGCUUGUGAUGGGCCUUCUUCCAACCCAGAUCCCCUUACCGAUAUUCCAUCACCACAAUAUUACCUUGCACGCGGACAAUCUCAUACAACGACAUCCUAAUGAUACAAGGCCAUAUAGACAGAAUUAGCUUACGGUCGCAUGGCUGCAACAUGUCGACGAACAGUCUCUUUGGGCUACGGAUCCAUCACAGUUCAACCAGUACCUCGGACUUUCUUGCUAUUUGUACAUCUUGUUAUGAUAUACUGUAUAUAUAAAUCCUGUCGCAAUUGUUAGCUAAACUGACGAUUGCCAUCCGGCUA